UUAAUGUGAAAUGGUAGUGGAAAUGUUUUUAUGCAAAAAUAUUGAUAUAAUAACCAUAAUAUAGGAGUAAACUUGAAGUCACGCAAUGAUAUGGUGUGGUCAUCCCACUACGCCUCGGGAAACCAUGCAGUUAGGCUACAGAUUAAAUAAAUUAUGAUGAACUUCACAGGGUGGUGAAAGUGCCCUUGAUGCUCCUUUCCAAUACAUAUUGAGGCUCUUAUUCUGGUGACAUGAUGAUAGAUCCAAAACGGCAGUCAAGUGUUUAUUGCGCUGUCCCUGCAACAUUAUUUGAGCCAUUUAGUUUACUUGUUUCUGACUGAAAAGCUGUUCCCGAAAUCCCUCAUUUGUUUAAGAAAAACAUUCCACAUUGCCUCAACCCUUGCACUCUUUACGUGAAUCAUGUAAGCAUUGCAUGCGACCAACAGGGCCUGACCUAUAGCCGAUCAUAAUCACAUCAAUAAAUUGGUUAUAACAAACUUUGAACAUAGUAAUGUCGACAGAAAAAUGGAUGCGGAGGACGUGAAAAAUAAACAGGAAACGUGCAAAAUGUUUACUGGUUGCUCCGGAGGAAAAAGUGGAAGUCAGAUCUGUGGAAGACAUUUGACAGUUGUGGAAACUACUGGAGAUCCAGAAAAGGGAGGGUAUAGGAGCAAGUGUUGCACCACCAUGGGUUCCGAUGACAUUGCCCUGGUGGCCUAUGCAUUGUCCAAGACCCAUGUAGGAGAUGAAGAGUUGAGCUACGAGGGCCGGGGACUGAAGAUGGACAACACAGAGUCUGUGAAGGAGUUGGUGCAGGAAAUAGAGGAGUACCAGGGACUAUGUGCCCUGUGGUUGUAGGGAAACACAGUGGGAGCGGAGGCAGCGCAGGCUAUCGCCAAAGCCUGGGAGAGCAAAGACCAGCUUCAGGUACUAGGAAGAGAGAGCCUUGAGAUCAAGUGCCUGUCAGUCUGAGCAAAGAAAACUGACUUGCGCUAACUGCUGAAAAUAGUGACGUCACAAAUUCACACCACAACAUGAUCCUUUGGAGGGUAUUAGCAUUUUACUCUUGCAUGUAUUUCUUCAAAUCUAGCUUUCACUGUAUAUUUUUCAGAGUUGCCAUUGGAGUGAUAUGUUCACGUGUCGCCUGCAUCUGAAAUCCCAACUGCCCUUGGUGAGUAAUCACUAACAACCUCCCCUUGCACGUGAUAAAUUAUCAUUGGGCUUAUACAUAUACUGAUAUAUGUUUUAAAGUCGUUAGCUCUUCAUCCUCAGAGAUCCCUGGGCAGAGCAUUGAUGAUAGCAGGGACCAACCAGACAGAGAGCUUGACCUGCGUGAUAACGCCUUUGGACCAAAGGGCAUUGAAACUCUACUGAAGAGCUCUGUGUGCCACUCUCUACAGGAGCUGAGACUCAACAACUGUGGCAUGAGGAUCAGAGGGGGCAAGGUGAGAGUUUGGAAACACUAACUGUGUGACUAAGGUCUUUCAUAAGGACUUACUUAGGCCCAUCACUCCUUCGGGAGCAUAGGCCAUUAACAACUAUUCUCCAUCAUUUUCUGGUCUACUGUUAGGAUGUACCAAAGUAACUGUCUGUUAGAUCCUGGCGACAGCGUUGACUGAAUGUCAGAAACAGUCCAGUGCUCUUGGGUGUCCCCCUGAAAUUGAAAGUGUUCAUUGCAGUCAGAAACCGCUUGGAGAACGAAGGAGCCACAACCCUUUUCCUGGCAUUUCAGGUACAGACAAACUGACACAAAUUGCCACUGUCAUUCAAUGUAAAACAGACAUUUCCCUUAAUCACUCACCAAGCUUGGUCUAAUAACUUUCCCUCUUUCUCCUCAGAUCUCUUUUGUGCCCUCUCCCUCCCCCCAAUUUCUCUCAUACUCUCUCCCAACCCCCCCUCUCUUUAUCAGUUAAUAGAAACCUAGAGGAGGUGCACAUGCCCCAAAAUGGGAUCAAAUAUAUUUAUAAAGCCCUUUGUACAUCAGCAGAUGUUACAAAGCAAAGUGCUUAUACAGAAACAAAGACCAAACAGCAAGCAAUGCAGAUGUAGAAGCACGGUGGCUAGGAAAAAAUUCCUAGAAUGGCAGGAACCUAGGAAGAAACUAGGCUCUGAUGGGUGGUCAGUCCUCUUCUGGCUGUGCCAGGUACAUGGCCAUUAACCCUUUGAAACGUACGAACACACGGUUGUGAUCGUUCUACAGUGGUCCCUGCAGAUGGGAUUAGAACACUUAUUUAGAACGUCCAGUUUCGAUUGACGCAACAGUCGGCAUUUGAGCUGGCCUCUGUGUUUGUGCAAAAUCUUUCUGUGAAAAAAACAGUCUUUGCAACGUUAUGUGAGCAUUUUAUUUUUGGAUGCAAUGUUCAGACAUUCACAGAAGUAGCGACAAUAUAACACAUUUCUCAUCCAAACCAGAAAAUGUAGGCUACAUUAGUCGUAGCGCUAACUGAGGAAAGAGUGACCUAAUACUAGCGGCCAUAUUUAGCUGACUCCCGGCUGACAGAAACCAUCAUAUGAAUUAGCUAAUAGCAAUUACUAUUUACAAUUCAUCACAUCACGGAUGACCUCACCAGUGAUCAAAAUAAUUGAGUAAAACACUUUCUAAAAAUGCACUCUGCCAUGUUUGUUUUUUUGCGACAACCAAAGAUAAGAGGUUACAAGAUGAGUUGAGUCCGUUUGUAGUAUGCAUAUUGAAAGGGGUAUGUAGUCUACCAUCAUUUACUUCCGGAGGUUUACUUGAAAGACGAGUGAACCAUCCCUUCACCUCGUUUGUUAUAACAUCUUUUGUCUGACAGACGUUUACGUGACAACCAGAAUGCAUUGUAUGAUGUCAACAAACAUGACACAACACAUUGCUGGCAAUUAGCUUAGCAUGUCAUCAUAAUCAGUACAACCUUCAAAAAAAGUAUUUUACAAACAUCAUGUGUGUCCAUUACAAUCGAUGCAAGAGUCAGAAUGAUUUGUCACCCGUACUUGAAACCGUGAAUUAAACAGUAAAUACAUUAUGCUCCAUACAUACAUAUGGUGGGCUACAGUAGAAACGACAGUACGAUAUACAGAAACUAUGAUAAAAUAAGUCACACGUCAAAAGUUUCCGGUCACAACUUGCAGGCUUGUUUUCGAAUUGCUGUGCGUUUUGUUGCCAACCUAUUUUGCUACCUGACAACUUUACGGGUUUCACUUUUUAAUUACCGUUCAUAUAUUUAUUUAUUUUUUCCUCAACUUUUUCACUCCGGACGCUUUAUCUGGACACGAUUCGUCAGGACCUCCAACAGCCGAAGCUAAGUAGUAACAUUAACAUGAUGCCUUCUAAUUGCAGCCGCUGUGCUCGCCUUACGGCGAGGAUAGCUGUACUGCAAGCCCAGCUUCAGACGCAAUCGUUAGGCAAGGGUAAUUUCAGUGUAGGAAAGGAUGAAACAGCGUCUGUGCCACCAGUAAGUACAGAUAGUAGUAUAAAUCCCCUGGCACAGUCCCCGCAGCCGGACGACUUUCUCACGGUUUCUGGAAGGAAAUGCUGUAGGAACGCUCAACCGGUGUCGCUCAUUCAGCAGACAGAAACUUUCAACCGGUUCUCCCCAUUAAGCAGCGGGUCGGUGUCAGAGGCCGAGUCUUCUCUGGUCUCUACUCCUCCCGUUACGGGGUCUGAGACGCCGAAGCUUCCCACCAUUAGCUCUGACAAAUUGAAAACUCUAGUCAUUGGCGACUCCAUUACCCGCAGUAUUAGACUUAAAGCGAAUCAUCCAGCGAUCAUACACUGUUUAC